GCCAGUGAUCACAGACUGUGUCAAUGAUAUAGGUAUAUGCUUUGAUUAAAGCCAUGUGAGGCGAAUGUGAAAACCAUGGUGGGAGAACCUACGUUCUUCUGUGUUGUCACGUGGUACCUGGAGUACAAACGAGUCGUGUAAUUGGUCAAAAUUCGUGGUAAAAAUCUUGAAUGCGGAUGCUUGCCGCUUGGCACAGAUUAUAGAACUUAUAGAAUGAAAGUUUGCUGUACCGUCAACACGUGAGGAGAGCCUGAGUUCGUUUUAAUGAAUGAUUUAUUUAAUAGCAACCAUUCUGAUUCGGAUUCGGAAUUGAAGAUAAAUUCGAGUUACGCGCAAAACUACAACAAUUGGAGACAGAAAGAGGAACUGAACAAAUUGAAAACAAAGUAUGGUGAACACAUCAAAGAUCUUCAUACCUCAGACGAGGAUUCCAGCACCUCGGAGGAGGAGGAUGAAGAUGGAAAAGAAUUGACUGAGGCAUUCGAGAAAAAUUUUUACAAAACCUUGGCAUGCUUAAAAAAUAAAGAUCCUCGAAUUUACGAUGAAAAAGUUACUUUCUUCGAUGACAUCGAACAGUUGGAGGACACCUCCAAAGCGACGAUUAAAGAGAAAGCUAAAAAUAAGCCAUUGUUCUUGAGAGACUAUGAACGGAAAGUUAUGCUCGAACGAGAUGGUAAAUUUAGCGACAGCGAAGAUGAAGAUACUCUCCAGCAAGAGAAUAAUCAACCUUUAGCUCCCACUUACGUGAAAGAGCAGCUCAAGCUGAAGGAAAGCUUUAAAAAGAUCUUGGAGGAGGAUGAAGAUGAUGAGACAGCUGAUCUUCUCAAGCCAAAAACAAAAUCUGCCGAAGAUGAAAAAAAGGAGGAAGAAGCUUACAAAGAAUGGCUGAAAGGUCAGCAUACAGAAAUCGAUGGGGUGGAUAAGAAAGAAUUAAAACCUCUACGAGAUUUUUGGACUGAUCCAAAACUAGAUCAGAAUGAGAAAUUUCUUAGAGAUUAUAUAUUGAAUAAGAAAUUUUUGGAUCAAGACUUUAAUGAUUUCAACCAGGAAUAUGAUUUGGUGGUUCAUGAUAGCGAUGAGAAUUUGAGUGAAGAUGAGAAGAAUAUUGAAAUACAGGAAGAAUUCGAGCACAAAUAUAAUUUUCGAUUCGAAGAGCCUGAUCAAGAAUUUAUAAAGAGAUAUCCUCGCACGCUUGAAAAUUCCAUGAGACGUAAAGACACACGGCGUGCUGAGAAGAGGGUCGAAUUAAAAAAGAGAAAAGAGGAAGAAGCUAUUCGAAAACGUGAAGAACUAAAACAAUUGAAAGCUCUCAAAAGAAAGGAGAUUGAAGAGAAGAUCGAGAAGUUGAAAGAAAUUACUGGUAACGACGAUAUACACUUUAAUGAAAUUGAUUUGGAUGGAGAUUUUGAUCCAGCCGAGCAUGAUCGUAAGAUGCAGGCUAUGUUCAGUGACGAAUUUUAUGCUGGGCCCGAAGGCGAUCUGAAACCGGAAUUUCCAGACAUUGAUGAAGAGCUAGAUAUUGAAACAACCUGGGAUAAGUAUGAUCCAAAACAAGAGGAAGUAAUACCGGAGACCAAGCGUAAUAAUGGACCACACUGCGAUGACCCAGAUUUCAAUAUGGAUGCAGAUUACGAUCCAACCAAGACACUGCAGGAAGAAUUGAUCGAUUCUUCUCGAAAAAAGAAGAGAAGAAGACGUAACAAAUUGGCUGUGGCAGUUGCUAAGGAGAAGCCCACUUUCGAUCCAACUGGAAAUCCGUCUUAUCAAGCUUAUUUAGAUCAAUAUUACGCUUUGGAUUAUGAAGACAUGAUCGGUGAUCAGCCUUGCAGAUUUAAAUACAGAAACGUUGUCGCGAAUGAUUAUGGGCUAACUAUAGACGAAAUCAUUAUGGCUGAUGAUAAAGAAUUGAACAAAUGGUGUUCGCUGAAAAAAGCGCUUCAAUACAGACCUGAAUAUCUCGAGUUGAAUGACGUUACAUCUUACCAACAAAAAGCUCGUAAUGAAGCGUUAAAAAAGAAGAUAUUCAAAAGCAUAUAUGGGCCCAAAGAAGCAGCUGAAGGUACAAAGCCAAAUCCUGGUACCAGUAAUCAACAAAAUCAAGAAGUACCUAAAAAGAAAAGAAAACGAAGUAAGCGCAAGAAUGUUGCAACCGCUGAAACUGAUCCUGCCAAUGAAAACAAUAUAUCCAUUGAAAGUUCUGAGCCUCAGUCUUCAAAUCAUGAUGUUGACGAACUCAAAGUUACAAGUAAAUUGAAGGAAAAUGUUACGAAGAAGAAGAAUAAAAAAAGAAAAAUCAGAGAAAACGGGCACAGUUUCAUAACCGAAAAUGCUGACCAAUCACAGACACAGGUAAAACACACGGAAAUCAAAUGCAAUGAAUCGGAAGAGAAGAAAGCUAAGAAAGGUAAGCUAGUUAAAGAUAAAAAAGAUGAAAUCAAUGUUCACAAAGAACCGAGUAGUCAGAUUUCGCGAAAGAUCAAUUCUGCUAAUGAUUCGGUAAAACAAAACGUAAACCCUAAGCGUAAACAGAAUCAAAAGGGUAAAACUUCGAAGGAUGAUAAAAAAGGUAAAAAUAAAAUGACACAUAACAAAGUAAUAAAAAAUAAGAAGGAUGUGGUAACAGAUUUGAGUGCAGAGAGAUUGAAGGCUUACGGAAUCAAUCCGAAGAAGUUUAAAAAUAAGUUAAAGUAUGGGAAUAAAAAUUAGUCGGAAUAGCGU